UUUAAUCAGAAAAUACUUCAAAAAAAAUGUCAUUGAAUCAACUUUAAUCAAAAAGAUCACUUUAGUUUAUCACAAAUAAAAUCCAAUAUUUCACUAAAUCACUAGAUAUAUCGACACCUUCAUAUCGGAAAUUUUAGUAUGUUUAUGUCAAGUACCGUUAAUGUUCCGUUGGCUGUAUUUACGGUAAUUUUAAGAAGAUUUAUCGAUCGAUUUCGAGCUCCACAGCCACAUCUUGAAGUAGCUUGCAGAGCAGGAAAUUUACUUCAUAUCUAUCCAAAUUUAAGACCAGUCGUUUAUGUUUACAUCAUAAUAUCUUUAGUACGCUGCCUAAUUGGAAAUGCGGGAAGAGGAACGACGUGCAAAUCAAUUAAAAUUCAUCAAAAAGCACAAAAACGAAAAAUUAGUUCAAAAAAUUUUCCCAAAAACAGAUUAUCAAAACGUUCAGCUUUAUCGUACACUUCAUCUUUAUGCGAAGAUGAAAAAUUAGCACCACCACGUCGCCAUCAUCAUCAUCAUCAUCAUCAUAGUGAAGAGUAUAAACGACCUAAAAAACGUUAUGAUAACAAUUUAAGUACGUACAGUUUGAAUUCUUAUUUUAUACCGAAAUUAAAAGAUGAUAAAAAGAAUGAAUCGAUCCCUGAUGAUGAAACAAGAAGCGAAAUCAGUAUUAAAACGAUUUUAAGCCCGAGGCAAAUGAUUUCGAGUGAACUUUCGAUUAACACAAAUACAACGUACAUGCGCGGGGAUUCACAUAAAAUUAAGAAGAAUGAUAAUCGAAUGAUAUCGAAUAAAAAAUCAAGAAAUAAAUCUGAAAUAAAUUACUCAAUAAAUAGAACCGGGAAAAUACAUUCUCGAAAAAAUGUUAUACGUAAAAAGAAAGGAUGAAAAUUAAAUGAUUCAGAAAUA